GGUUCGUGAUUUUAAUAAAUUAAAAAUAAGUCAUUACUAAUAUUGUGUUACUUAUUUUGAGACUUUCAGUAUAAAGGAACAAGUCCAUAUUUUGCAAUUUCUUUUCAAAGAAAAAAAAAGUACACUACUUGGUAAUUUCAGUAAUUUAUAGCUUUCUUAAUCUCACUGGAAUCGCAUAAAUAUAAUGGGAGAUCUAAUAGAAUUUACUUCAUGGCCGAGCCAUAAAAACAUUUUUUACAAAAUAUCGAGCAGUGGAUUGAUCUUUGAAGUAAAGGGUCAAAACAAUGCAGCAAUCGGCUUGUUGAAAAAUGUAGGACCAACGUGUGAUUUAUGGGUUGUUUUAGGACAAAGUAAUCACACAUGGAUAAAGGAUAAAGAGGGUCAAGGAGUUACUGCACAAACCCCCAAUAUAAUUAAUAAUACAGAAUACCGGAAAUUCUGGCUUACAUGGAGAAGUGGUUGCAUUCAAUUAGGAAGAUAUAACAACAGGAGUCCUAUCAUAUCCUAUAAAUAUAAAAUGAAGCUGAAUUUUAUCACAUUUUGUUCAGGAUCUGGUAACAUGGAAAAUACAAUUCCUGUGCAUUGGCGUUUUGAAUUGCCACCAAUAAUAGAGAAACCGAGACUCAAACCAAUUACUGGUGGGGAGCUUCAAUGGGUGGAGGCUGAUAAUCAACUACCAGAUGGAUCUAUGAUUGGUGGAUAUGAAAAUGAAAUUUUAUAUAUUAUUAGAGCACGACACAGUGGAUCUUUAACUCCUGGGAAAUUUGUACCUUCUGAGGGUGUGGGUUAUAUAGCAUGGGGUGGUUUAUCACAUGAGAAGAUGGCAUUUGAGGUCUUAUGUGGGUUUGAUUGUACAUGGAUACCAACCUGUGAUAACAAAAUACCGGUAGGAGCAGUAGAAGGUGGUUAUUCUGAGGACCGAAAACGAGAAAAGUUGUAUGUAGGUCGUGCAUUAUACAAUGGACAUCUUGUGCCUGGAAAAGUACAACCAUCACAUCAAGUCUGCUACAUACCAUAUGAUGGUAGAGAGAUAGCAGUAGAAAAGUAUGAAAUUUUAACAUCAUUCUUUGAAAAUCAACGAUGUGCAAAUAAACUGUUAGACAUUCAACUUUAUGUUGAUCUCAAUGCUCCUAAUUCGGAGUCUGAAGCUGAAGAUGCAGAAGUAGAAAAUGCGGAAUUUGAGCUUUUUGACUAAAUAUUAUUUUAGGAAAGUUAUUUAUUGAACAUACACAAUAAUCUGUAUUGUAUAAUAAGCAUCAAAUGAAGACGUUUGAUUUGUAAAUAUUACUGGAUUGAAUCCCAUUGAAAAUAAAAAAUUUAUUAUGAAAAUUUUAUUAUUUUGAUUUAGCCUAAAGCUACAGGCAUGCACCUGGUUAUAAUUAUGCAUAAACGUAAUAUAAUAAAAAUAGUACACUUUGUGCAUAAUUCUUUCCUAUAAAAAAUAAA